GUUAUGACCCCGCCCGAAAUUUUUCCGAGGCUUAGUGUUAUGUUUUUUAGCCGCCGUAGUUAAAAACACAUAAAAAGGAGUAAAAUAAAAGAGGCAGUCUACGACAAUUAAUCCGCUAGUGCUCAUCAACAAUAUUGCUCUAUAUUACCAUUGUUCUGUGAUAUUACUCUAUGCGCCGGACCCGGCCGGUUGGUGACGGGGUACGGUCAAUGUUAUACAUAAUUUGUUUCACUGAAAAUGGUCACACUAUAAAAUGAGGCAUUGGUAGCGUCAAUAUUUAUCGAUACGGCGCGGUGCCUUUAUGAUACUCUAUGUAAUAUACCAUUCAUCACGUCAGAUAAAAUCGAAUUUGAUAACAAUAUUAUGAUCUCGAAUCUCGAUUAAAACUGAGUACACCGUGUAGUCAGUACGAAAAUUAAAACUAUUUUAUAUCCAUUGUUCAUUGUUUAGUUAAAGGUAAAUUAUCACAAUCAUAAUAAUUUAUACAAAUGGCAAAACGAAAAAUAAAUGAUUUUUUCUUUACAAAAACUCCAAAAAUCAUCAAAGAAACUACCAGUAAUAGUGUUACAUCACCAUUCAAAGAAGAUGAGUGUGUAGUAGAAAAUAGUUCUGUUUCAAUGAUGUCCAAAUGAUGGUGUAGGUAAAGGAGGACAUCAGAAUCUAGGAAAAUUAGUAUUAGAAAAAUUUGACAACUGGAAGAAGGCGUUAGGUGAUAAAGGAUACUUCAAACUUCAUUCAGAAAGUAAUUAUCAUAAAACAUGUCAAUAUCGUUAUGAUCAUUUUUUGGCAGUCAAAUCGAAAAAUGUUGAUUCAAUAAAUAUUCAAAUUAACACUAUGCUUAAAAAAGAAAUUGAAGCAAACCGGUUAAAGGUUAUUCCAAUAGUAAAAACAGUUAUAUUUUGUGGAAGGCAAGGUAUAGCCUUAAGAGGCCAUAGGGACAGCGAAAUGUUAUUAAAUGCUAAUGAGAAUAUUAAUGAGCCUGAAUGUAACGAUGGAAAUUUUAGACAGUUACUUCGGUUUCGAAUAGAUGCUGGAGAUGAAUAUUUAAAGAGUCAUUUAACUUCUUGCGCAAAAAAUGCAACAUAUCUGAGCUGGAAAAUACAAAAUGAGAUACUUUCUGCUUGUAAUAAUCUUAUUUUACAAAAUCUUGUAUGUGCUGUAAACAAAGCCAAAGGGUUUUCUGUAUUGGCUGAUGAGACCAGUGACAUCUCCAAUAAAGAACAGCUCACCAUUUGUGUGCGUUAUGUUAAUUUAGAACAAAAAAAAAUUAGAGAAGAUUUUUUACAAUUUGUGGAAGUUACUGAUGUAAGUGGCAAAGCAUUAGCACAAACUAUACUUCAAAAUCUUGAGAUCAUGGGACUCGAACUGAAAUACUUAAUUGGACAAGGGUAUGAUGGAGCGGCGGCUAUGUCCGGGAAAUUUAAUGGAACACAAAAACAUAUCAAUGAUAAAUAUCCAAUGGCUUUAUAUAUCCACUGUGGAGCACAUUGUUUAAACUUGGCUAUUUCGUUUAGUUGUAAUGUAACUGAUAUUCGAAACUGUAUGGGCACAAUGCAAGCUAUAUGUAACUUUUUUGGCUAUCCUAAAAGACAAAAUGUACUCAAAAUAUCAAUUCAGAAUGAACUACAUGAAUCAAAAUUGAAAAAACUAAAAAAGUUUUGCCCUACAAGGUGGGUUGAGCGACAUGACGCUGUACUUGUGUUUCAUGAACUUCAACCAGCAGUUGUGGAUGCACUUAAUGAAAUAUCUACUUGGAAAGAUAAUGAGACUUCUGCUUUAGCUAACCAACUUAGUUCCUCCAUCCAUCAAUUAAGGUUUCAAGUAGCCUUAUUGAUAUUAGUAAAAGUAUUUUCAAUAAGUGCUCCUUUGAGCAAAUUUCUUCAAACUGAAAACUUAGAUUUAGAAUCUGCUCUAGAAUUUGCUGAUAUGACUCAAUCAACUAUAAAACAAAUCCGUGAUAACGCUAAUGCUGAGUUUGAAAAAAUAUUUAAAGAAGUAGAGGAUGUCUGUAGUAGUUUUGAUAUAACUGUUAGUGUUCCAAGAACAACAAGUCGACAAAAAAAUAGGAGUAAUGUUAUGAAUAAUAAUCCAAUAGAAUAUUAUAGAAUCUCAACAUUCAUCCCAUUUCUUGAUAAUUUUCUUGAACAACUACACGGACGAUUUCUUGAACAUAGGGCCAAACUAAAAAAUUUCAACUGCUUAUUACCUAAGACCAGCAAACAAAUAUCUGAAGAAACAUUUGAGGACUUCAAAAUUCUGUUCAAUUUUUAUACUGAUAUAUUAAGUGACAGCAUCAAUUUGACUAGCUUAGAAAUGGGUUAUGGUGAACUUAAACUGUGGUAUAACAGUUGUGCAUUCAAAUCACCAAAUUUGUCGUCAACAAUAACAGAACUAUUUUUCCAUUGUAAUCCUGAUUUUUUUCCUUUAAUCUCAAAGUUAUUGCAAAUAUUAAUUACACUGCCAGUCACAACAGCUACUGGAGAGAGGUCUUUUUCAUCCUUGCGUCGACUUAAAAAUUAUCUCAGAAAUACUACUGGUCAAAUGAGACUAAAUGGAUUGGCAGUCCUCAAUAUACACCAAGAUAUUAAUGUUGAUCCAUCAAUGAUUAUUGAUGAAAUGGCUAAAACUUCAAAACGGAGACUCAAUCUUAAUUUAUAAGUGUUUUUUAUUCAUAAUAUGACUAUUUCUAUACUUAUGACUUUAUUAUUUUAUUUCUUGUUAUGUAUGAUGAUUUAUAAAUAAUAUAUUAACAUUAUUUAUGUAAUAAAUUAUAUAAUUAACCAUA